UCAUGUUAAUAGAACUCCCUCUGAGUCGGUCUCGAGGAGUUAGUCUGAGCGUAUUUCUUCUUGUUGUUUUAAAACCGCUAGACACCGACUGGAGGCAUUGAGUAGAAGAUGGCGGAUGUUGAAAGCGAUGAAAUUCGGUCGGCUCUCCCUUCGGCUUCCCGCAAUGGACCCGCUGCAGGUUCGGUAGUUGGUACUGGAGUCGAAAAUGCUACCCAAGUGACGUCAGGUCCACGGAUGGUUAGAAUUGUAAAGUCGGAAUCAGGAUAUGGAUUCAACGUUCGUGGACAAGUUAGCGAAGGAGGACAACUGCGAAGCAUCAAUGGGGAAUUGUACGCACCUCUUCAGCAUGUCAGUGCUGUUUUGCCUGGAGGGGCAGCGGACCGAGCUGGCAUAUCAAAGGGUGACAGGAUUCUGGAGGUUAAUGGUGUGAGCGUGGAGGGGGCCACCCACAAGCAGGUGGUGGAUCUGAUCCGGGCCGGGGCGAGGGAGCUGUUGCUUUCUGUGCUGUCUGUGCCGCCCCAGGAGGCAGAUGGCCUUGAGGCCGUGGACGAGAGCGCGGCCCAGCUCAGCUAUGACUACAGCGACAAGCAGGCCGUGCCCAUCUCCAUCCCCACCUUCAAGCACGUGGAGCAGCAUGCCGAGAGGUUUGUGGUGUACAAUGUGUACAUUUCGGGCAGGCAGCUGUGCUCCAAGCGCUACCGGGAGUUUGCUAUCCUGAACCAGAACCUGAAGAGGGAGUUUGCCAGUUACACCUUCCCCAAGAUCCCAGGGAAGUGGCCCUUCUCCCUGUCUGAGCAGCAGCUGGACACACGCCGCAGGGGCCUGGAGGAGUACCUGGAGAGAGUUUGUUCAGUACGGGUGAUUGGGGAGAGUGACAUCAUGCAGGAAUUCCUUUCUGAAUCAGAUGAGAAUUACAAUGGAGUUUCAGACGUGGAGCUGCGGAUAGCCCUGCCAGACAAGACCACCAUCUCUGUCAGAGUGCGCAAGAACAGCACGACCGACCAAGUCUACCAGGCUUUAGUGAUGAAAGUUGGUAUGGACAGCAUCAUGGCCAGCUACUUUGCCCUCUUUGAAGUCAUCAACCACUCCUUUGUGCGAAAACUGGCUCCCAACGAGUUCCCCCACAAGCUGUAUGUGCAGAACUACACGUCGGCCGUGCCGGGCACCUGCCUGGCCCUCCGCAAGUGGCUUUUCACCUCUCAGGAGGAGGAGCUGCUCAGGGACAACACGCUGGCCGUCCACUACUGCUUCCACCAGGCAUUGGAUGACGUGAAGAAGGGAUUCAUCAAAACAGAAGACAAUUCUUACCAGCUGACGAAACUGGCAGAGCAGCGCAAGAUGGCCAUGUACCUGAGUCUGCUUCGCUCCUGUGAGGGCUACAACGAGGUCAUGUUCCCCCACUGCGCCUGUGACUCCCGGAGGAAGGGCCACGUCAUCACGGCCAUCAGCAUGCACCACUUCAAACUGCACGCCUGCACAGAGGAUGGCACGCUUGAGAACCAGGUGAUAGCAUUUGAGUGGGUGGAGAUGCAGCGCUGGGACACUGACGAGGAAGGCAUGGCGUUUUGCUUUGAGUAUGCCAAGGGGGAGAAGAAACCUCGCUGGGUCAAGAUCUUCACACCAUACUUCAACUACAUGCACGAGUGUUUCGAGAGGGUCUUCUGUGAGCUCAAGUGGAGGAAACAGGUUGAAGAGGAGGCCUCUGACAAAGACAACCAGAACUGCAGUAACAAUGAAGUCCUUGGAGGCGGCCUCCACAAAGUUGGGAGCGGACAUGAGGAUGGCGAUGGUGCAGAUGAUGUUGAACACACUGAAGGCCACCAGGCAAAGCCGGUCGAUGACUGCUGCCGCAAACUUCCACUGGUCAGCCACGCUCUCCGUCUCAUCCUGCUCACGGAAGCGGUCUGCCAUGUAACGCACUUCCUCCAGAAUAGCCUGGAGCUGGGGGUCGCCUAUACCCCCUGCCGAGUACUGUCCUCCGCCCCCCAUUCCGAAGCCCCCGCCACUGGAAACGGUGCUAGGGCAGCCCACGGUGUCCGCAUUGGGGGUGGGGGGUGGCGGAGGGCUGCAGAAUGGAGGGGGCAGAUUGGGAGGGGGGCUGCCUGCUACUCGAGGAGGCCCGGCCGAGAUGCUGUAACUCUGGAUGUGAUCUGGGAGCAGUGGGGGUUCGUCCAGGUUCUGGAAGCCGAUGUAGAGCAGGUUUCCAUUGUUGUUGGCGCUGGACUGGGCGUGAAGGUGGGGGUGACCCGCGUGCAGGGGGCCAGCCUGGAGAGGGGCCAGGUUCUGGGGGUGGAGCGGGUGGAGUGUGGGGUCUGGAGGGUUAGGGAUGCUACCACUUUGGGAGCUUGAGGAGCAGCGCCGUAGGUGGGGGGCACAGGGUGGUCGCUCUGGGUCAUCACUCUCCCCUGGGCGCUUCAUACGUAGGAACCAUGCUACCCACUGCAGUAGGACCACAUUAACCUGAAAGGAAGAGAAAGAGAGAAGUGAGAAUCAAUCAGAGAAGGAUGUUAUAAUAUAUACUGAGUGUACAAAAUAUUAAGAACACCUCUUUCCAUGACAGACUGACCAGGU